CGGUGUUUCUGUAACCAUCCACAUCCAUCCAAAAUCAUCAUCAAGAUGAUGCUCGGAGAGCACCAUCGCGCUAAUCCAACGGUCCACGUGCCUCCAUGGCCAAACCUCGACGAUCCAACGGCAGAGAUGUACUCCCCGUACUAUGCAAACGACAGCAAUGCCGGCGCCGGCGAUUACUCACCGUAUUACAUGCAGGAAGCGUUUGCGGCGCUGCAGCGUUACCUUCCGUCGAACGAUUCGGACUCGGAUUCGGAGGUUCCGGGUCGUGAAUCGGAUGCUCCGGUGGACGCUUAUUCAUGCGACCAAUUCCGUAUGUUCGAGUUUAAGGUAAGGAGGUGCGCACGUGGCAGGUCACAUGACUGGACGGAGUGUCCCUAUGCUCAUCCCGGCGAGAAGGCUCGCCGGCGUGACCCGAGGAAGUAUCACUAUUCCGGCACGGCGUGCCCUGAUUUCCGAAAGGGAAAUUGCAAGAAAGGUGACGGGUGCGAGUUCGCGCACGGCGUGUUCGAGUGCUGGCUCCACCCUGCGCGCUACCGUACUCAGCCAUGCAAGGACGGAACCAGUUGCCGGCGACGUGUGUGCUUCUUCGCUCACACGCAGGAGCAGCUCCGUGUCGUGCAGCAGCAGAGUCCCCGGAGCGCUAACUCGGCGGAUUCUUAUGACGGUUCUCCUCUGAGAUUGGCGGUGACGUCGGUUAGUCCGUCGGAGGUGUCGCCGCCGAUGUCGCCGAUGGCACAAUCAUUGAGCCGUUCGUUGGGUUCAAGCUCCAUCAACGAGAUGGUGGUGGUGGCUUCGCUGCGUAAUUUGCAGCUUGGGAAGGUGAAAUCGUUACCCUCUAGUAGGAAUGUUCCAUUGGGGUCUCCGGGUUUCGGGUCACCGAGAGGAUCCAUUUUACGACCCGGGUUCAGUAGCCUCCCUGCUACACCGACCACCACCCAGGCACCGGGUCGUGCUGGUGUUAGCUAUUUCGAUCUUUGGGAUCAGAGUUGUGAAGAGGAGCCUGUGAUGGAGAGGGUUGAGUCUGGGAGAAAUAUAAGGACCAAGAUGUUUGAGAAGUUGAGCAAAGAGAACUCUCUGGAUGGGUCGGGUCCUGGUUCAUCAGGUGGAGCUCCGGAUGUUGAUUGGGUUUCUGAGCUUGUGAAGUGAUGAAGGAAGGGGUGAAAGUUGAUUGGGCCCUUUGGGUUGAAUCCGAGGAAGUGAGAGAGAGUGAAGUGGAAUUGAUUCAAGCAAGAUUUAUUUUGGAAGCUACGAGUUGAAGAUUCCGUGUAAAUAAAAUAUAUGUUAUUCUCAAGGUAUGGGUGAAGAGUAGAAUCUCUUUUUUGGGGGAGUUUAGAUUAAAAACUAUCUAAAGUUUUUUGUAUAGUUGGCAGAUUAUUAUGAAUUAUUAUCAUGUGUUAACUAGCGUAUGUUAUCGCUUACUAAUCUCAUUGAUGUAUAAAUGUGUAAUAUCUAGGAUC